GCCGCUUCGACGCUUCUUUUCAUUUGUCUCUCCUCGAGUUGCGUGGAUUCGCUGCCGAGCAUGCAGAUCAGCGAGGACUGAACGUGUCACGCCGCAGACGCAUAUAUAUAUAUAUAUACAUUUUUCGUUGUCUCGUCCCGUCGAGCGUGAAAAAAAAAAACAGCGCCCGCCGAAAGGAUGAGACUGCUCGUGUCGCUGACACUGCUCGCGGUGGCGAGUAGCACGUGUCGCGGUCAAUGGAUCGAUCCCGAGCAGUACGAUCUUUUGAUACAGCAAGCGGAGGAUCGCCGGAAAGCUGCCUCGAAAUUGCACAUCCCGACGUUCGAGCCGGUGGCGCAGAGCUCCAACGAUAUAGACAACGGCUGCCAAGAUUAUCUCGGCAGUCAGCAGCGACAAGCCGAGGCCAGUGCUGCUCUCAAGGCCCCGACCCAAAGGAUCACAACGACACCCUCGCUCAAUCCCUUCGACACUUUCUUGCCGCCGAGGUGGCGCGACCACGUGAUCAAAAUUCUAUCCACCGGCGUGACCAAGUUUACUCUGGAUAUGGAUCGUGCAAUCGAAAAGUCUCAAGUCUCGAUUCCAGACUCGACGCUUUUCUCACCGGUCAGUUUGACGACGACGCUUGCAAUGGUGAUGCUUGCUUCGAGCGGCAAAACUUUCGAGGAAGUCGCCAGGAUUCUCGGCCUCGAGUCUGGAAUCGACGUAUCCCAUCAUUCCGAGGUGGUCCACCGAAUCUUUGGCUUACUCCUGAACCAAGCUAACGAGAUGAGCAGGCUUCAUCCGGAGCUACCGCAGUCCAAAUUCGCCUUUGGUAUCUUUGUCGAGGACCAGUUCCCCGUGCGCAACGAAUUCCGCGACGUGAGCGAGAAAGUGUACAACAGCGAAGUGAUCAGCGUGGACUUCUCUCACCGCAGCGACGAGGCGCAGAGGAUCAUCAACGAUUGGGUGAGCAAUCGCACCGAGGGUAAAAUCGAGAAUAUGCUUCAAGAAACACCGAGUCCAGCGACCGAUGUGAUCAUCACUUCGGCACUUUACUUUAACGGCGAAUGGGAUCAGCAUUUCUUUGACGGUGGCACCAAGAAGAAGCCGUUCAUCGUCAAUAAAAACGAGACUAUUUACGUUGACAUGAUGGUCAACGGCGGCGAAUUCCCCUUCUACGAGGACAAAAAACUCGGCGCGAAGAUCAUUGCAUUCCCUUACAAGGGCCGUGGUGUGUCUAUGUAUGCCUUGCUGCCGACGGAGGAGGGUACGCAAGGGGUCAAGAAUCUGAAGAGCAAGCUCAGUCCCGAGGCGAUACAGGACCUCAUUGGUAACAUGAAGAACACCUCGUGCAUCGUUACCUAUCCGAAAAUGAAGCUGUCGAGCACCCUGAAGCUGCAGCGCGCGCUCGAGAUAUUGGGGUUGAAGUCGCUAUUCGACCCGCGAACGGCCGAUCUCAGCGUGCUCUCGCCAGGUCGCGGCGGCGAAAGCACCCCAAGCAAACUCACCACCACGCCACCGACGAACGCGGCCGAUCCUUCGCCGAGAUCCAGAUUCCAGGGCGGCUUCAAGCAGCCCGUGCAGAAUCUUUACGGGGACAGCUUUUACUUCCCGUCGCGCAUCGACGCCAGGAACUUGUACAGAUACGAGGACCGAGUCGGUGGCUACAAGGUCGAGCAGUGGAGCAACGGCUAUCGCUUCGAGAAGUCCAGGGGCAAGCGACAAACGCGACCGAUCGAUCGGCAAUUCAUCGACUUUCUCGAUCAUCAGAAUCUGCCGACUUUCGGCGUCGACGAGCUGCGCAACACGGCCGGCAUCAGCAAUCCAGGACUCUACGCCGACGAUGUCAUCCACAAAGUCGAGAUGACGGUGAACGAGAAAGGCACCGAAGCCGCCGCGGCGACUUCGGUGGUGCUCGACAGGAGCGGCGACUACCAACGAUUCAUCGCCAACAGGCCGUUCUUGUUCUUCAUCAGGCACGACGUCGCCAAGUCUAUCUGGUUCUGGGGCACGAUCAAUCGACCCGCGCCCCAUUACAACAGCCUGUAGUGAUAGUACAGCGAUGCAAUGCUAUCGACUUGUUGUGAUGUUGUAUUUUUUUUCUCUUUCACUCUCUCUCUCUCUCUCUCUCUCGCUCUGGUGUGCUUCGUCGAUAGUGCAUUACCUUCCCUUCUUUUUGAUAUUCUACCGUAAUUAUAUGUUAGUCGUAACUAUCGUUUUACACUCGAAAUAGGCUUGAAGAGUCCAUAGAUUGCGAUAAUCAAACAAGUAUUACAUCUCCCCCUCCCCUCCCUCUCAGCCGUUUCUCUCUUAUUUACAUUGAGUCACGCGUCGCUGCAUUUGUAGCGACGGCAUUUAAUCAUAACACGCAAACACGCUUCGGUCAGUGAAUCAUAGGCAACACGUGUGCGUAUGAAUAAAGUUUAAUACUCAACA